CGCUACUUCCGCCACUGGUUUGCGCGACGCAUGCGUAGUUUUUUUUCAUUCCUUCCCGACGUGCACUGCGUGGUUGCUGACGUCAGCCGCACUCUGCCCAGUCUCCGCCGCCAUUGGUGAGUGUGAAGCCUGUUCCCUCCCGGGCCAGAACCGAAGCAGCGGGGCUCUCCGUCCGAACCGAACCUCCCCGCACCGCCGCGACUCCCCGGGCCCUCGCCUGCCUCCUCCAUCCGAGGCCUACACCCGCUCCUGGGCCUCGACCUGCACUGAGGCCCCGGCCUGCCCAGCCCCUUGCGUCUCCCGGACCCGCUCUUCAUGAAGGAUGUCUGCUACUAGCGUGGAUCCCCAGCGACCAAAGGGACAAGACAGUAAAGUUUUUCCACUAGGGCGCUCAAACAAUGAUCUUAUUUCAGUUCAAAACGGAACCCUGCACCAGAAGGACAGCGUGCACGAUAAUGACUUCGAGCAGUACCUGUCGGGACAGUCCAAUCAGAGUAACAGCUACCCUUCCAUGACCGACCCGUACCUGUCCAGUUACUACCCUCCUUCUAUCGGCUUUCCGUAUUCGCUCAGCGAAGCUCCUUGGUCAACCGGCGGGGACCCCCCGAUCCCGUACCUCACCCCGUACGGACAGCUCAGCAACGGAGACCACCAUUUCAUGCACGAUGCGGUCUUUGGGCAGCCCGGCGGCCUGGGGAAUAACAUCUAUCAGCACCGGUUCAACUUCUUCCCUGAAAACCCAGCCUUUUCCGCAUGGGGGACGAGCGGCUCCCAGGGGCAGCAGACCCAGAACUCCGCCUACGGGGGCAGUUACAGUUACCCACCCAGUUCCUUGGGCGGGACCAUAGUGGACGGACAGACCGGGUUUCACAAUGAAACUCUGAACAAAGCCCCCGGUAUGAACAGCAUUGAGCAGGGCAUGGUGGGCCUUAAGAUCGGGAGUAACGUCACCGCUUCCGCCGUAAAGACGGUGGGCUCUGUGGUUAACAGCGUGGGGAUGCCCAGCGCUCUGUCCGGCAAUGGCGGCACUAGCAUAAGCAUGCCCCCCUCCAAACCCACGUCCUGGGCGGCCAUCGCCAGCAAACCGGCCAAGCCGCAGCCCAAAGCAAAAACUAAACCAGUCACUAUAAUCGGAGGGGCCCUCCCACCUCCCCCGAUCAAGCAUAAUAUGGACAUAGGUACUUGGGACAAUAAAGGACCCGUGGCUAAGCCCCCGAUGCCGCAACAAAUCCCGUCCCCCCAGUCCAUGCCUCCGCCUCAACCUCAGCUGCUGCAGCCAAUCCCGGCUCAGCCUCCACCAAUGUCUCAGACUCCGUACCAAAACCCACCGCCCCCUCAGCAGCAGCCACAGGCCCCUCAGAACCGCUGGGUGGCCCCACGGAACAGGAACGCUGCUUACGGCCAGGGCGGAGGCCCGGACGGGAACCCUCUGGGCGGGGCUCAGUCUCACUCCGCCCCUGGGAACGAGUCCCACCCCGUGCUGGAGAAACUGAAGGCCGCCCACAGCUACAACCCCAAGGACUUUGACUGGAACCUGAAAAACGGGCGCGUGUUCAUAAUAAAGAGCUACUCCGAGGACGACAUCCACCGCUCCAUCAAGUACUCCAUCUGGUGCAGCACAGAGCACGGCAACAAGCGCCUGGAUAGCGCCUUCCGCUCCAUGAACGGCAAGGGCCCCGUCUACCUUCUGUUCAGCGUCAACGGCAGCGGACACUUCUGCGGCGUGGCCGAGAUGAAGUCCCCCGUGGACUACGGCACCAGUGCGGGCGUCUGGUCGCAGGACAAGUGGAAGGGCAAGUUCGACGUCAAGUGGCUCUUCGUCAAGGACGUUCCCAACAACCAGCUGAGGCACAUCCGCCUGGAGAACAACGACAACAAACCGGUCACAAACUCGCGCGACACGCAGGAGGUGCCCUUAGAAAAAGCAAAACUGGUGCUCAAAAUCAUUGCCACUUACAAGCACACGACCUCCAUCUUUGAUGACUUUUCUCAUUACGAGAAGCGGCAGGAAGAGGAAGAGGUCGUGCGCAAGGUAAUGGCUAAACCCGACUCUUGCUAGAAACCUAAAUGCUUGCCCCCGCCCCCUGCCCCGCCCACCCUCCCCGUCUGGCUGCUUGGCGCCUAAAUCCGGGGGAGGAAGUCACGAUUCCAUUAAAGGAGAAGUUCACGUUUGAACCAACUUGUUCUGUGAUGUAGACAUUGAUAUUCUAAGACGAUUUCCCAUUUUUGUUUUUUUUUUUUGGCUAAUUUUUCUGUCCGCUCCUAUCCAGUUGCCCCCCUCUCCUUAUUCAUCUCCUUUUUUUCUGUUAUCGAUGCCACUGCCUGGUUGCUAGGGCAAGGUGUCAUCCUAGCAACCGACUAUGUUUAAAUUGCUAACUGCAGAUUAAAAGAUUGAAUCAAAACCCAUCGUUAAGUUGCCUUAGAAUACCACUCUCUACAGCGGCUGCAAGUUAAUUCCAAGGUGAACUUUGCCAACGGGAAAUCGCUGUGUGUAGUAAUGUCGCUCGAGGGCAGUUUGGGACUCCAGCCUCACCCCCAAAUAAGUACAGUAUGGCACUAUGGACAACAAGAUGAUACGGGCAGGCUAAUACCCCAUGCAAAUGUCCUUAAACAGAGGUUUUAACCUCCCAGCGUAGGCCUUUGGCACAAGUUGCCCCGCAGCAUCUACAUUAGCCAAUGAGCAUUCACUCUUUUUAUCACAUGACUUGUAUCAAACUCUAUUUGAACCCUAUACCUGUAAAUCAGUAGUGACCCUUCUGCCCCCUGUGUGAGGGCCAACUGCCUACCCUGGGUCUGGCUGGGGGUAGUCAUGGUUAGAGACUUAUUGACUAAGUGCCUACCGAGGGCUGCUUGCCCACUGCUGGCACUUAAUCAUUAAUCCAGACUCUCUUGGUCAGAUAUAUAAAGAGCUACAGUUCCAAGUGUGCCAGCACAGGCAUGCUGGGAGUUGUAGUUCUCCCUCAAUUGAGCUGUAUUGGUGGUGGUUGGAAGUGGCCUGGCUAUUUGGUUGGGUGCGUUGAGACCUUGGGUUGGCCAAUGGGCUCCCAGUACCUACAUAAAUACACAAGCUGGUGAGUGUAGCGCCACCUAAUGAGUGGUUAUUGUAACUGAGCUCCCCUGGGGCCGCAGCGCUGGGGGAGUUAUUAAAGCAACCGAAUGGAUUGUG